AUGACUUCCACACAUCCAAACCCCCGCCGUUGCUACAAAACCAGAGGCACCCCCACCUUCGCCUUUUGCCAACCUUCAUCCACCUGCCAUGCAUACCCCUCGCCCGAAUCCAACCUGCCGCUAAGGAAGAGUGCCACCUUCCACUCUUCCAAGUCACCCUCGUCCGAUGACGAUCCGAUCUUAAAUAUACCCUUACUGUCCAGGAGAUCACCGACAUGCCCUAAAGACCUGGAGAAUGCUGUCGCCAAUGGCGAGCAUCGUAUGCAGCGGCUUCUAGGUGUCGUCGAUCGCAGUUUGUCAGGGCUGGAAUCGUUUUCGUCAGACAGUCAAGAAACUCUUCGUCAAGAGGACCUUCCUGUCCCUCGUUUCAUGCUUGAUAGCCACAUCGACGGCCCCGAUCAUAUGGACGUCGACGACGCCCUUGAUCAACCUUCGUUCUCUAAGCCUCAGCAACGAGCAGCACAUCAUCACCACACCUCCGACAGUGGCCUGGGUUCUUCAGUCACAAGUGCCGAAGAGUCUUUGUCUGGAGAUCAUGCAGGUACGCGAGAGCAUUAUUACCCUACCUCAUCUACAACAACAAAGACUUAUGUACAAGCAGCCGACAAUUUGAGCAAAGGAAAUAGCCCACGACCUUCCACUAACACCGGUGUGCGGUCUGGAAUCAACGGAUAUGCCCCGUCCGGUAUCGAUGCUCGCAUCAGAACACAGCAUGCACUGAGCGAAUACGCUUGCGAACAAAUUCAGAGAUACAUCAUCGUUCCCAUCACCAAAGAGCCGACACUCAAAGCCUUCCACCAACUCGUCAAGAGCAUUCCAUACCGUGUGGGCCAGAAGCAGAUUACAUGUCUGCGAGAUUUAGAGAAAGUCAUCCUUUGGCUGGCGCCUAGAUACUCCGUAUCUAGGUCAUCGUUCCUCAACUUCUGCGAGUCGUCCAUCCAGUGUUUACAUACGACCGUUCAGCAUCUUAACGUAUCAGAUCAACAACGAUCAACCGACAGACCCUAUUCUAACGGUUACUUUCUCGAUCUCACCGAACAGGUUCGCCAAUACGCAGCAAUGAUUACCGCCUCCAGAGAGAGGGCUGCAGCCGGAAAGGAAAGGGAGGAAAACGGCUAUACUACCGAUGAACAGCUUAGCCUACACGGCGGAUUGGGUUGUACAGGUCGUCCUGCCGAGCUUGUGAGAACCAAGGACGGCCAGGCGAUUUCCUUACGCACCGGAGAAGUCGUCGUAUCAGACUCAAUCGUGGGGCCAGAGGACGACCUGCAUUACUCUAUGGCUCGACGCCGCAAGUCGGAACAAGCGGCUGCCAAGCAAGCCCAAAGAUGCAGCGAGUGCGAGAAGGAGUUCAAACGCCCUUGUGACCUGACCAAGCAUGAGAAGACUCACUCGAGGCCCUGGAAGUGCAACGAGCCUAGCUGCAAAUACUCCCAGUACGGGUGGCCUACGGAAAAGGAGCGGGAUCGCCACGUCAAUGACAAACACUCUAUGGCCCCUAAUAUGUACAAGUGCCAAUACCGCCCUUGCCCCUAUGAGAGCAAGCGAGAGAGCAAUUGUAAGCAGCACAUGGAAAAGGCCCAUGGCUGGGCUUAUGUUCGGUCCAAGAACAAUGGCAAGAGCGGGAGGAAACCCUCCAAAGUUGGCAAAACGCCGCCAACUCCCCAGAUUGCUACACCAAAUUCGUACAUCUUUGACGCAUCUGGUUCCGAGUUUGGUGGGGACUCAUCCAGUCCGUACAUAAGCCACUACAGCGUGCCCCCCUCGACUGAUGGAUCUCCUGGUGACGGAUCCAGCCAUUUGUCAAAUUUGGAGUCACCUUAUCUGGGCGCAAAUGAUACAAUCACUCCAUACGAACCCACAUUCAGCUGGGGUGAUUCGUACAAUCGCCUCACUCCACAGUCCUAUACCCCGAAUUCUCAUCGACUUUCCAUGGAUUCUCUCACCACUGCCCCAACCGCCCCUUCAUCGUAUGAGAUGGAACCACUGUUUGGUGGCACUUAUGACUGGAGCAAUCUGGACUUGAGUUCUAGCAGCCUAGACCUCACUUCCAUGAACAUUCAACUCGACACUACGUCACCGCUGUCGAUCGAGACCCGUCCCCUCCAUGUCUACAGCCGUAAUCCUUCCAUCUCCGUGGAAGAGCCUCGAAGCACCAAGAAUCCCAACCUCUCCCCUGGCGCCCAAGGAAAUCAGAUGCUCUAUUCGCCUUACCACAACGAGAUUGUCGACGAAGGCUAUGGGGAUUUCGCCACCAACGCCGGAAAGCCCGCCGCUGACUUCGCCUUGUUCGACUCUCGUCCUUGUUCCAGUCUGGGCGGAAGCUUAUUCUCUGACCUUCCAACUCUGCCUGCAUUUCAACCGACGACUUGGUCCGGUCGAGGUACCGAUCUAGCACAGCAGCUGGGCAUGAACGAGAUGAUGCAGUUAGAUGAAGAAUAG